UCUUCGAAUUAGUUGGCUAACUUAGAGGAGUUUUUAAAUGGUACCAAUGUGAACGCCGAACAAAAGGACAGGUUGAUAGCUAACUAGUGACGGAUUUGCUUGAAGCAACAGAUGAGUUUUCGAGGAGUUGCUCUAUCAAUAUUAGACGAGACGAAAACAGGCAUUGAUUGAAGUGUAAAUUUAUUAGAUUGAAUUUAUUGGAGCUAUGUGAAAAGGGCUACAAAGGUUUAGGGAGUUUUGACACCUAUUUAAAGACUUCAACAAUCUCAGAGAUCUUCAUAUUUAUGGUUGCUGCGUUUGUUUGUCUUUGUUUUCAGCUGUGGAAACAUGCAGCGACAUUUUCUUUGGAAGCACCAGGCUACCUCCGACAGGCCGCCAGUUGUGUUGGGAAUCCUCUCCAAAAAAAAGCCAUUGAUGAGAAUUCGUGAGCGUGUCCUAAAUGCUGCUUACCAGACGUACGUGGAUAACAAGAAAGCCCUCUUCGUAGUGGGGGAGCUCCUAUGCGGCUCGCCGGAGGCCGAGGGUUUAGAGGUCGAGGUAAAUGCCGUGCGAGGAAAACCCCAGCCAGGUCCCCUAAGGUCCGCGGAUUUCCUCGCUAGCUGUCGCUUUUGUCGUCUUGCAGAAGCGCGUGAUCCGAAUAACACUGUAUUGGAUCUCGUCGAGGACGUAAAAACAAAGCAGUACUCUCUCGGCACAGGAACCGCCGUCCUCAACUCAGCUCAAACAAAUACUCUCCGUCAGUUGACAAAUUUUUUUUCCCUUGACAUUCAUGGCAAACUCGAGGGUCCUAACUGCUCCGUGGAUGUUAGCUUUGUGUGCUUUGAACGACGACUGAACGCAUACAAAAUCAGUAAACUCCCUCUAGCUGAAAACACGAUCUUCAGGAUGCUAAGUCAACUCCGAAAGGAACUGCUAUGGGGUUGGGUGCGUACGUCGAAAGGUAGCUGCCACCUUUUGCAGAAGGAUGAUGCAAGACAGGACGUCACAGGGGUCUGGAUAUCAGGCGUAAAAACACCGCAUCAUCCGUUAGUUUGGCUGGUGUGUCAACACUUUCUUAGUUCGGUCCAGCCGCCGUCACCUCAUGCAAGAUUAUAUGCCGCUACGUGCGGUGGGAAAUCAAGAUUUCAGCAGAUACAAGCCAAAGACAAAGAUAUCUUCGUUCUAAUUGUUUUCGAUCAUGAGGGAGAUUUAACGUUUUACACUGUGAUUCCUAUUGAUGAUGUCAUGAGAACAGUGGUGUUAAGUGGCGUAGAAAAAACAACUGUGACCAGGGUGUUUAGUGCGCGAGACCGAUUAGUUGACAUUACUCUUGAUUUGUGCUUCAUCGACGAUGGAGAUUUUACGUUUGACGCUACGAUGAUGAAUCAGUCUGAAAAUAGCAAUUCUACUCGCUAUAAACAAAUUCGAACGGAGCUGACGGCCGAGCGCAAUCUGUCAGAAGGCGGGCAGAUGUCGGCCAUACAGUCAACGGAACAAGACGUAAAUACUGAAAGCUACCGUAUUGCAACUCGCCGCGAUGCUCCUAUAUGGUUGUCGCCCAGUGUGGGUCAACAAUAUACACCCGCUACAAUAGGUUUACAGAAACAAAUGCAGCCGAAGCGCGUUCACCUGACUAGCAUUUUACCUGAACGAAAUCAGACCUUGGGUUCAUUAGAACCCCUUGGACCGAUGCCAUCAGCCAGUUCGACGCCUCUGGACCGAGUAAUACCCUCUCAGAAAAACAGCAGGCUCGUAUGUGAGCGACGAUCUUCAGAGCGCAGUUUGGCUCCAGAUUCGAGAUAUAGUUUUGAGAACGUCGAAAGUAACAGUCCCAGAAACGUCUCGCCUGAAUUACUUGAAAUCAUUAGAAAGCAGGAGUUGGAAAUAUCUCUUCUCAAGGAGCAACUACAGAUGCUUAUUGUCAAUAGCAACAGUAAUAACGUCGCUAGUAGCAGUGAUGAGGGUUCGCGUACUAGAAAAAGUAGCGGAGAUCGCGAUAAUGACAGCAAUACGAAUUCUCAGAAACUUAUCCAUGGAGGAAAUUCGCCAAAAGAACCGCGACAACAUCCCACUGUAGCAGUCGACGAUAUCAUCGAGCCAACAAAACCGGUUACAUCUGAUGGUUAUUGCCGACCCAUUUCACCCCCAGAAACUCCACCUCAUCGCUUUGUACCCAUGUGCUCUUAUGAGUUAGAUACACCGAAGACAUUUGACAAAGCUUGUUAUCCUUUAAAACACGAUACUGACAACCUUAUGAACUCCGCUCAGUUUCACGAAAGUAAGAGUGAAGAUAAGACGAAUGAAAUUAACAACCUGCUUUCAAAACCGUAUAAUCAACAAUUGAAGUUACUCAAUGAACAGUUAGAUAAUCAGGAAAAAAACAAUGCAGAUCCCGAGGAAAAUGUUUACGAAAAUAUAGGCAAUGUCCUUCAAGAGGAUUACCAGAACGACGGAAAGCAGUUAUCGGCUGCGGUUCAGUCGACUGGUAGCUUUGUAAUGUUUCGUCUCGGGGAGCAAUUCAAGCUGAUGUCAACUAAACAAUUACGGCAUCAAGACGUUCUGCAGGAUAAACCGGCUUCGGAUCUUGCCUUAAAUGGCGAUAAUGUUUGUAGCCUUGUUGUUCCUCCACGGCUGCAAUACGAAUCUCUCGCACUGAGUGGAACCCAGCCUUCCAUACUGGUUGAUCAGGUGACAAGAAAGUACUUUGGAAGAAGUCCACAGAUCCCUACAACGACUAUGAAUAGUAACACAGUUUUCAACAAACCUCAUAUUCUGGGAAUUGGAAAAACGUCUCCGCCGAUCGGUAUGUUACGAAGAGUGCUGACGGCCGAAGCUACAAAGCAAGUAGUAGGACAGAACGGGGAAGUAUCAGUGAUCACCCGAAAAUACAUGAAAAUGGAGGACAUACAACGAGUUAAAGCUAAACCCAUUAGUGACGGUUCCUCGGAUGAACGGUACGUGCGAAAUUUCGACGAAAGAAACUCAGAAAGAUUUCUUGAUAUCGAUGCGCUUAAACGGCAACCCAAACUGUUAUAGUACAAUAAGUAAUGUACACUGUCGAAGUAGCAGCUCGUAUAUCUCAGUUGAACAAUUUGUACGAUGGUACGCGCGAUAACGCGACAUCCCUGUAUGUGCUGUGAACUAAGUACGAUUGUGAAUAUAUAUGUCGUGUGAAAGAUGAGCAAGUGAAUAGUCGAGUUCUAUACGUCAUUUUAUCACCAGGUAGGCGCGCGUUCUUAUAAGCAACCUUCAAGAAAAUGUAGACCUCAAACGACCAUGCUCUCAAUUAGUUCAACUACGAAAUUCCAAAAUAAAGUUAAUUGUUGUACAUUUUUGGUUAAAUGUCAUUUAGGUUUAUCGUGAACGCAACAAAAAAGCAUGUGUAAACGUAUAUUAUAACAUGGAUAUACAAAUAGUCGGAUUUUUUUAGGUAAGCCAGCGUGAAUAUUAAGUACAAAUAUCCGUUUGUGAUCAGAUCAACAAUCAUACGUGAAUCGUUAGCCUCACAUAACCUAUGAUUUAAACUUCAGAUACAAAUCAAAUAAUGUGAUCUUCACUUUCACAGACGAGAUUUUUGAAAAACGGCCGUACUACAUCGAGUGCUUACCACGUGUGUCCGUGUAUACCCUACACGCUUAACUAUAUCCCGCUAGAAUUGUGCCGUACUUAAAGUUCGCUAAUUAUAAUUAAAAAUUUUGUUCCCUGAUUUCUAUUGAAUUCACUCGUAAAUAUGAAUUAUACUACAAGUGCCGUAAGAAUAAACACGAGUGGAAAUAAGAAAAUCUGAAAACGAGCAGAGAAAUGUCAUGUUCUAGAAUUAUGCUAUCGAAGAACCAUAUACUUACUAGUUUUGGUAACUAAAUCACUAACCACGCCUUGUGGUUUGAUUCAACGUGAAUGUAAUUUUUUUUUUAUCAAAUUGAAACUUUUUAGAGUCGAGGGCAACGACCAAUUUUAAAUAUAUUGCAAAUAAAAAGUCAUAACAUUCGCGGUCAUUGUACGUAAUUACGUGGAAAGCUUCUCCUUUUUAAGCUUCAGAUGAUGGUUGAAUUCGAGAUAUUAUGAAACCCCCAUCCAACCAAUCAUUUUGCCAGUUCAACAAAAAAAGUUCGUAACAAUUACGUCUACCACACAAAAUA